AUGGACACCGAGUUCCGGACCACGGAGGACCUGAGCCCCCCACAGCAGCUCCUUGCACUGGAGAUGGCAGAGGCCCUCUGGGAAGCAAUGGAGGAAGCGCGCAAGGAGCGGAUCAUGACCUGCCUAGCUGUCGAGAAUGUCAUUGCUGCAGAGGUCUCGGAGAUUGCCAGCAACCCAGCAGCAGCAGGCUUGCGAGCUGAAGAGGUUCCCUCGAAUGAGAGAGAAAAGGCCGCCAUGCAGAACCUUGUGUUACAAAGGAUCCUCGAGAAACGAAGGGCCAAAGGAGGCUUCGCUGCUUGGCAAAGCUUUGAGAGCAUGAAGGAUGAUCUGUUAAGCCGUUAUGGUUCUGCCGUUGAUGAGGAUCUCAAUGAGAUGUCCAAUCGUCAAAGAAAAGGAAAGGAAGUCAUCGUGCUCAACAGCAAUAGUGAAGCUGAUGAAGCCUCGAUUGAUGAGACACCGUGGCGAGAAGCAUACGCCCGAAACGCCAUGUCUGAUGCAAACCUGCAGAGAAGGUUGGAAUCUGGCUUUUUCCACCGUCAGGAGAACGCACGAGGUGCGGGGCCCUCGAGACGGACUCACAGCCCCAAUCAGCGAGCAGGAAACGCCAUGUCUGAAGCAAACUUUCAAAAAAGAUUGGCGUCUGGCUUCUUCCACCGUCAAGCAAACGCUCGAGGUGCGGGGCCGUCAAGGCAGAACAACAACCCCAACAACAAAACAGCGCGGUCCAGAAAACGAAAGCGGGACAACGAACAACUGGAGCUGAUCCAACGGUACAUGAACUAUGCCACAGGGAGAACACCGAUACGUCCUGAGCACCGGGAGCCUGGCCCUGGGCCGCAUCUCGAACCCAAGUACAGGCGUUCGAAAGCUGCCAACAACUCCGCCUUGCAAGCCCCGACGCAAGCAAACAUGGAGAACGAGAUUGCUUGCACGGGCCUCCGGAAUGUUAGGGCGAUAUAUGGGCCGGUUGCAGCUAAUGUGAACCUGGAGGCUGCUGAACAGCCCGGCCCUCCGUGGAGGCUCCACCGUCAUCAAAUUCAGGCCGUCUGCCUGCUGUUGCAACCUCAUGUCAGGGGUGCGCUCCUGCUCUACUCGAUGGGAGCCGGGAAGACACUGACUGCGAUCGCUUGCAUCGACAACCUUAGGCGACAAUUUCCGGGUAAGUAUGGCCGGACCGUCAUCCUGGCACCUGCCUCGAUGCUGGACACUUGGGAGAGUGAGAUGCAGCGGUAUGCACCGAUUGCCAACGUGGGUGAGAUCCAUCUCGGAACUCACAACUCGUUUGACAAGAUGCCUCAAGAACACAUCAAGGCCUUUUGCAGGGAUGCAAUCCUCGUGAUUGAUGAGGUUCACAAUGCACGUAACUCGGGGAAACAGCGCUCAGACCGUAUUGCGGUGGGCGGGCGUGCAGCUGGCAAGAUUGUGCUGCUCAGCGGUACACCCGUUGUAAAUCAACCCAGCGAUAUUGCUCCAAUCCUCGACAUGAUCAAGCCAGGAUGCAUGCCCACGAGCCGAAAGGGGUUCAACACGGUCUUUGGAAAUGAUGGCAUGGCGCAGCGAGCCCUCAUGAGGGCCGCUUUGAGUUGCGCAGUCUUGGCAUACAGAUCGCCAGCCGAUGACCUGCGGUACCCGAGGAUGACUAUCCGGGACACAAUCGUGAGGAUGACCCCUUCCCAGGUGAUGGCCCAAGAGGCUCACGGUGAGCCCCCUCAAUCAUACUAUGAUGCAGACCUCACGGGAGAGCCAGACCCCGAGCUGAUGCGAUUUUAUGACACCGCCCGCGCCAUUUGUAACAGCCUUGUCUACCGGGAUGGUGUCCUGGUCUCACCGCCAGACGUGGCGGGCAUUGAAUUGGCUGCCGGCGUAGCGGCUGCGAAUCACGCGGGAGGCAACAUGCAGAUUGUGUGUCCGAAGCUGAAGCUUGCUGUAAGGCACCUCGUGAGCCGUUUGGGGCCGUCCCCCGACGAUGACACCUGGCGGCGGUGCAAAACAGUCUUUUUCACGCACUCGGUGAACAUGCACGGAGUGGGCACCCUGAGGAUGCUGCUGGCAGCCGAAAACAUCCCUUUCGGUGAGAUUAUUGGCACAAAGUCACUGAAGCAACGGACUGAUGCAAUCGAAGCUUUCAACAAUGACGAUCUGCACGUUCUCAUACUUUCAGAGGCAGGUGGCGAAGGUCUUAAUCUCAAAGGCACGCGCUACUUCCACAUGCUCGAGCCGCAAUGGAAUUCUACGAGCGAGAAUCAGGCAAUUGCACGGGCUGCGCGCUUCAAAAGCCACACUCAUCUGCCCCAGAACGAGCAACAUGUCGAUGUCUUUAGGUAUCUGUGCGUGAUGCCUGGAGCCAGCAACAAUCCAGAGCUCGGCAGGCGUGCCGAGUUCCCUCGAGAUUCUGGCGACACGUUCAUGCGGGACAUCUGCAUCCGGAAGGACCGGCUUAACGGGCCCUUUGAGCAACUUGUGAGGGAGGUUGCUGCUGAGAACGAGUUUAGGUGCUUCCAAACGUGGGAUGGCUCAUGA